AUGGCUGACGCCAGAGGCAAAGACAGGCCGUCGCACUCAUCCUCCAGGACCAAGGUCGUCCGCUCCCAGAAGAUCUCUCAAAGCACAUCCCCUAUCGAGCCUCGCCACGAGCCCUUCGAAGGCUCAGCUGACGAGACGCACAACCGCGCACCCCCCAUACCCCGCAGCCACACACCGGGCCACCUCGCAUCCAAGAGCCAGGACCGCCGCCACAGGCCAUCUGAACUCUCCCUCCGACAGCGCUCGCAAUCCGCAGCGGGGGGAACCCUCUCGCUAUCCGCCAGCCAGGCCACCUUCUCCCUCCCGUCUCCAGCCGCCUCGACCCCAAAGCCCCUCUCCGCCACCACCAGCAACGGCGGCGAGGAUGUCGCGGCGCUUACCUCUGCGAGCGCCACCCAGCAUCAUCGCGACCGCGACCGCCACGACUCCUCUGCCGGCAGUGGCAGGGACAGCAGCGUCACCAGCGCGCAGCGGCCUACCAACCUACGCUCCACGUCGGCAAUAGCCGCGCGCCCGGGGAUUUCGGGCUCCUCACCUGUCGUACAUAGGGGGAGUGGGGGAGGGGUUGGCAGCGGCGGCGGCGGUGGUGGUGGGUGGAGCACACGACUGACGACGGCGCGCGGCGUGCACACGGCGUUCCCGCCUCUUGCGGACGCACGGACAGCGCCGGACGUGCCGGCGGCGCCGUCGUCGGGCAUGUACUGGAGCCGUGCGCCGGUGUCGGGGUCGCCACACACGGCGCUGCGGGCGCACACGACGACACUGGUGGGGAGCAACGUGUACGUGUUCGGCGGGUGCGACAGCCGCACGUGCUUCAACGAGCUCUACGUGCUGGACGCCGACUCGUUCCACUGGUCGACCCCCCACGUGGUCGGCGACCUGCCGCUGCCGCUGCGCGCCAUGACUUGCACCGCCGUGGGUAAGAAGCUGGUCGUCUUUGGCGGCGGCGACGGCCCGGCCUACUACAACGACGUCUACGUGCUCGACACGGUCAACUUCCGCUGGUCGCGCCCGCGCAUCCUGGGCGACAAGGUGCCGUCCAAGAGGCGCGCCCACACGGCGUGCCUGUACAAGAACGGCAUCUACGUCUUCGGGGGCGGCGACGGCGUCAGGGCGCUCAACGACAUCUGGAGGCUUGACGUGAGCGACACUAACAAGAUGUCGUGGAAGCUGGUCUCGGCCCCGACCUCGCCGCCCUCGCCGUCCGCGUCCUCGUCCAAGUCGCCCGGCGCCAAGGAUGGCGGCAGCCCCAAGGCCAGGGGCUACCACACGGCCAACAUGGUGGGCAGCAAGCUCAUCAUCUUCGGCGGGUCGGACGGGGGCGAGUGCUUCAACGACGUGUGGGUGUACGACGUCGAGACGCACGCCUGGAAGGCUGUCCACAUCCCCGUCACGCACCGGCGGCUGUCGCACACGGCCACCAUCGUGGGCUCGUACCUGUUCGUCGUCGGCGGCCACGACGGGAACGAGUACUCCAACGACGUCCUGCUGCUCAACCUCGUCACCAUGACCUGGGACCGCCGGAAGGUCUACGGCCUGCCCCCCAGCGGCCGCGGCUACCAUGGCACCGCCCUGCAUGACAGCCGGCUGCUGGUCAUCGGGGGCUUCGACGGCAGCGAGGUGUUUGGCGACGUGUGGAUACUGGAACUCGCCGUCCACGCGUAUUAUUCUCAGAUCAGCCAUUUCACGAUCGAGGUGUGAUUGAAAAAAAUGUAUGAUGAUGCCCGGUAAGCGGGGGAAGGGGGGGUGGCGGUUUGGGAACGGGCGGGUUAUAUAUCUGGCGGGUCAAGGACGCGGCGAAUAUCAUAGAACGAACUUGCGCGUGGGGUUUUAUUUGUGAUGGGGGGGAAUACAAUGAGAGGCGUUUCAGUCUGCAGAAUCAUGAACAAAAACGGUGGGAAUCAGUCCUGUCUAUCUUCGUUUUAUAUGGCUUAUGCUAGUCUAAUACCCAUGACUUGUCUUCAGCAA